GAAAUGUCAUUUGAUUGAGUAAUGGAGAGCAAGUUGCGUUUGCAGCGUUUCCCAAUGAUCAUGGGAGAUGCCAAUCCACAGCACAAGCAACAACAGCAACAAGAACACUUACAGCAACUUCCAUCUAUUCUGUCGGGAAUAGAGUGCGAUACCGCACUCUCCCUGUUUGCUUGCUAUCAGAGGAAUUCCCCUUUGGUGCUGGCACCGGGCCUGCCAACAGUCCAUGUAGGUGAACUUGUCGAUAUAUCCGGUGCUCAAGGCUGUGGAAAAACUCAGCUGCUUAUGCAACUAAGUGCUCUCGCCGUUCUCCCCGCCACAUGGACGCCGCCUUCAGCAACAGAUGCGAUUCCCCUCCGCGGUUCCGCAACACCAGUCCUCCUCAUUGACGUAGAUCUCCGAUUCUCUCUCUCCCAGCUAGCUUCUUUCAUGAGAGCACACAUCCAGCUGUGCAUUUCACCGACCUCCGUCUCUCAGGCCUCCCUCACCGCACUUAUCAACAGCUCGCUAUCCCGAUUGCACAUUUGUCGCCCUACAAGUCCGCUUCAAAUGCUUGCGACUUUAUUGAACGCCCCAAAAUCGUUCAUAUUGGAGCGGGACACGCUGUCCUCACUUGUGAUCAUCGACGGUUACUCAACAUAUUACUGGUUUAACCGCUUUGACGAUUAUGAUAUCAAUAAAAGUUCAGCGGGGCAACCCUCCAUGCAUCGCGCGAUCGCACGCGCACUCAGGCGAUUGAAGCAAGAGUACGCGUGUGGUGUCAUUGUGACACGCGGCGAACGUGUCAGAUCGAGGCAUGGUGAUUUUGUGGCUUCUAGAGAUACUGUGUGGACCUCCCUAGUGGAUAGGUUUGUCGCGGUGUGGAAAGAGCAGGAAAAGGUCCGAUGGAAAGAGAUGUAACCGUCGUUGCAGUAUAUAUCUCGUAUGUAGUAGUAAUCAUGUAUAAUCAUGUAUAUAACGAAUGAUACCUAACCAUGUGCAUAAAUACAAUUUAAUUAAUGCUA